CGAUAAUUUUAAUCUGUUUACUUUUAGCGAAAUGGAUGAAAUUCUGUUUCCCACGCAAAAUUCACUAAGUGACAACGAUGAUGUGGAUUUAAAGUUCUUUAACACAGCCACCGAAAGCCGGAAGGAUAGUGAGACAUCCGACACAGCAGACGGCAAUGGCAAUGACGCCGACAACAAGGAUGGCAAAGCAGAUGCCGAUGCGGACGGCGACUCCGGCGAGCCCUCUCAAAAGAAACUAAAAACCAAAAAGGAACUCGAGGAGGAGGAACGAGAACGCAUGCAAGUUCUGGUGUCCAACUUCACAGAAGAGCAGCUAGAUCGGUAUGAGAUGUAUCGCCGUUCCGCCUUUCCCAAAGCCGCGGUCAAGCGCCUGAUGCAGACCAUAACCGGCUGCUCGGUCUCCCAAAAUGUGGUCAUAGCAAUGUCUGGCAUAGCGAAGGUGUUUGUAGGCGAGGUCGUGGAGGAGGCUCUGGACGUGAUGGAGCAACAGGGCGAAUCGGGCGCACUGCAGCCCAAGUUUAUACGCGAGGCCGUGCGACGGCUGCGCAGCAAGGGACGCAUGCCCAUUGGUCGCUUUCAGCAGCCCUACUUUAGACUAAACUAAACAGUAGGAUUAAGUUUGUAGUUCGUAAGUUAAAAAUUUAGUCAAUAUACAAAAGCGUCUUUAUUCGUUUAAA